UGUAUAUUUUUUAGGUUAUUUGUGAUGCAUACACCCCAGCUGGAGAGCCAAUCCCUACAAACAAGAGACACAAUGCUGCCAAGAUCUUCAGUCACCCUUAUGUAGCCUCUGAGGAACCAUGGAAAUUACUGCAGAAUCUUUUGAGCCAUCACUCUUCUUCUCACACCAUAUCCCUGUUCCUUCUGAUAGUGUGGUUUUGUUAGAGGAUGAAGCGGAAGCGUGGGCAUAAAAAGGGGAAGGGAAAGACUGGGACAGAUCAGCAGCAUUACAAUGUGGCCAGCAUUAAUCCUGAUGGCUCCAUUGAUAAGACUGUGGGGAAGCCACUCGAGGUUGGGUGCUUUAAGGUGAAACUCAAGACUCCAAAGAUGUUGGAGUCCCAUUCCCAGCACACGUCUUCAGAUGCUCCUACGCAUAGUGACCCCGAUAAGAGUAGCCAACAACACGGCUUUGACAAACAAGGUGUCGGUGCUGAUAGGAAGGAAGACAGUGCAAAUUCCUUGCCUGAUUUGAAAUCCCCUGUUCCAUCAAAGAGGGCUGCUACCGCUAGCAUCAAAAUUAAGUCCUCCAAUAAAGGAGUAGAGGAUGCUGCAUUAUCUGGUGAUGGAAAAGUAGCGAAGGGUGGUCAAGCGAAGCAGAAGUCAAAGAAACGUCAUGAGUAUAGUAUUGAGCAAGAGUAUAUUGUUAUAGAAAGACAUUAACGGGUGGCUUCCUUGGACCACAGGUGGAGUAGAGAGCCCUGGAGCAAAGUGAAGGCCAUCAAAGGCGUUGCCAACUUCAGCCUGACUACAAAGGAGUUGCUAACUUUGGUUUUCAAGUUAGCAACGCCUUCCUCAUUGCAGCAUCACCACCUUCUUCAUUUCAGCUAUAAAGUUUCAAGUUGGCAACUUCUUCCCAUUCUAAAUAACAAAGGCGUUGGCAACUUGAUUCUCCAAGUUAGCAAGGCCUUCUAUUUUUCAAACUAACUUGGUUUCUAAGUUAGCAACUCCUUCCCUUUUUAAAUAACAAAGGCGUUGGCGUCUUGAUUCUCCAAGUUAGCAUCGCCUUCUUUAAAUCAAAACAAAGAAGGUGGAGAUCAAAACAUGAAGGCGUUGGCAACUUGAUUUUCUAAGUUGGCAACGCCUUCCUUACGCUCUCUGCUUCAGUUCAGUGCUGCUUCUUCUAUUUAUUCUGUUUCUUCAUCUUCGUCUUCAUCAAUCAUCAUCACUUUCUUUUUCUUCUUCUUCAACAAAGCUUUAGUUAAACAAACUGUUAUUUUAAUCCACCUUUUGCCUAGCUGAGGACGACCUCUUUCCAAAGCUUUUUCUUUGAGCCGGAUACCUUCUACCUCCCUCCAAACUCUCUUCUUUGUGCCCAGUUACAUACCUUCUUCUUUUAUAGCCAUAAGUUCAUCGAUAGAAUCACGCUCUACACCGGCGGAGCCAAUUUCAGUGUGGAAGCUGGUUUUGGUGGCCUCUAUCGCUGUCGGGAUCCACCUUGUCAAUGUUGUCCAGAUAGCAUGGCUAAUACGAAUCUAAUACCAAAUAAAUGGACUUCUUUGGUGUGGCUCGUCAGCGUCGUUUCUAACUCUGUUUUUCAUCCUUUAUUUAGUUAUUACAGCAACACCUAUAAACUCGGGUGGCGGCACCGUUCUUUUAUGUUUGCUGGUGCUGUUGGCGCCACCAUAGCUUUUUUGACAAUUGGAUUCGCCAAAGGCAUUGGGUACGCCUUUGGAGACAACAUCUCCAAGUAUACUCAGCAUCGCGCCUUCAUAUUUUUGGGAUCGGAUUAUGGAUCUUGGAGAUUUCGAUCAAACAUGAUCAUGCCCGCUGCAGAGACUUCCUGGAUGAUCUUGCCAAUAGAGACCAACCAAAGAUCUGACUGGCAUAUAAGUUCUUCUCAUUCUUUAUGAUAGUCGGAAACGAACUGGGUUACUUGGCCGCCUUAUUUAGUAGAUUCGAUGUUAUGUUAGCAUUCACCGUGACAAAAGCAUUUGAAAGGUUAUGCGCAAAUGUGAAAAGCAUAUCAAUUUUCUCAAUCCUUCUUCUACGAUUAUUGUCGACUGUGGCUCUGUUCUGCGUCCAGAACAAGCCAGCAUUACUUGAGGAAGAGUCAAGUGAGUGGGAAGAGGAAGAUGACAGAUGCGCACUAGUUAAAUGCUUCUGAGAAAUGUUUCGGACUAUGAAAAGGCUGAAUAAACCCAAGUUAUGCCUGAUGGCGGCUGAGUUAUUCAAUUAGGUGGCCUUGUACGGAUUCUUCUGGUACAUCUUUGAUUGGAUGGAGACCGAGGUAUUCGGUGCGAAGCAUAGAGAGCUUAACUUUAGUGCAAGACCAUUAUAUAACCCAAGCUAACGGUAUGAAACUCAGCGUCUUAUGCUAACUUGGAUGGUUGCGGGUGUUAUGUCCUUAGCUGUACAGCCCAUUGGGCGAGUGCUUGGUGGCGCGAAGAACCUUUGGUCAGCUGGAAAUUUUAUACUUGCCGAUGGCUUGGUCAUAACGUUUUAGAUAAGCAAGUUAGCCAAGGAAAAGCGGCGAGAGAGCAAUGAUUUAACACCCUUCAGCAGCAUUCUAGCUUUGGUCUUCUGCUUUUUUGGAGUUAUGGGCAUUCCGACUGUGGUAAUUAAUAAUAUCUUUCUAUUCGAAUCAUAUAUAAGAUAAAAAAAAUAUUAGUAUAUGUUCUUAUCUUAAAUGUUUAUUUAUUUUGACCUCAAUAAAAUUAACCAUUUUAGACAUGUUAACCAUACUCUUAUUUGAAUUUCAAAUAACAUUAAGUGUCCCACCAGCACCAGCAUUCAUCUACUCAAACGACAGUGGCUCAAACAAGAGUGGUGCAGGAAAAGGUAUGACACUCGCUCUAAAUUAUACACUAUAAAUAAUAUUAUACUAAAAUAGGAUGACAUCAACUUUU